UCAUAAUUUCUCGCGGGGAGAAACUAGAUACUGGCACGCAGCCACCGCUUCUAUCUGUAUAUUCUUUAGCCUCUUCUCCCUGGUUCGCGAGCACGCUUUGCCAGCUUCUCUUUUGAAAAGAAACUCAAAUUCCUUAUUUUCUUCUUUAUUUGAGCUGUUUUGUAGAAAAAGAUCAUCGCUGUUGUUCUUAACCCUAAUUUUAUUAAAAAUUCGUCGACUUCACUUGGAGAAAUACAGUUCGCCAAGAAACGACUUCAAGAGGGCAAUGGCUGGACAAUUUUCGGUUUCUGAGUCAUCCGAAUCAUUCGAGUACAUGCUAUUUGAGGGUGAUCCAGAUCAUCUAAAGCCUGUUAUGUUAAAGUCGGAUCAGAUCAGCCCUUGGAUCAAUCCAGAUAUGCUAAAGCUUGGGCACCGUAUAGGACGAGGUCCUUUUGGUGAUGUUUGGCUUGCAGCCCAUCAUCACUGCUCUGAAGAUUAUGAUCGAUUUCAUGAAGUUGCUGUGAAGAUGUUGUAUCCUAUUAAAGAUGAUUUUAUUCAAUUAUUUAUCAGCAAGUUUGAGACUAUAUUCUCCAAGUGUCAAGGAUUAGAAAAUGUUUGCCUUCUACAUGGUAUUUCAAUUCUGAAUGGAAGGGUCUGCAUUGUUAUGAAGUUCCAUGAGGGAUCUAUUGGUGAUAAGAUAGCUCUUGCUAAAGGCGGAAAGCUUUCACUACCAAAUGUUCUAAGGUAUGGUGUUGAGCUUGCUCAGGGCAUAUCUGAAAUCCACUCCAGAGGAAUAUUGGUUCUUAAUCUUAAACCUUGUAACUUUCUUCUUGAUGGAAAUGACCAUGCAAUCAUAGGUGAAUUUGGAAUUCCAUUCUUACUUAUUGAAAUCUCGUUACCAAUUUCGGAUCUUGUACGGAGGCCCGGAAUUCCACACUACUUGGCUCCUGAACAGUGGCAACCAAGCAUAAGGGGUCCAGUUUCCUUCGAGACUGAUUCAUGGGGUUUGGGAUGUAGCAUUGUGGAAAUGUUGAGUGGAUAUCAGCCUUGGCAAGGUAAAUCUGCUGAUGAAAUAUAUAACUUGGUUGUUAAAAAGCAAGUGAAGCCAAAUAUUCCAAGUGGAUUACCUCCUGAGAUUAAAAAUGUUCUUUAUGGAUGCUUUGAAUAUGACCUCAGAAAUCGUCCUCUAAUGACUGAUAUACUGGAUGCCUUUAAAAGAUGCAGGGAUGUGUAUAAAGAUGAAAUCUGGAGCGAUUCCACAAAGGCUCUGUCAAACAAAUCACGCCAUUCAAGUUACACUGAUUGGUCUCUCUCAAAAGACGUUCUUCAAGUUGGGGAUAUCGUCCGUUCAAGGAAACCCAAAAACUCAUGCCAACAGGCAAACAUGGCCAUAUCCGAAGGAAUUGUUGUGGGAAUUGAAACCAAAGGUGAUCGCAAUGGUUUUAUUCUUGUCAGAGUCCAUAGGUUCCAUAACCCUCUUAGGGUUCAUACUUCCAUGGUGGAGAGAGUGACUCAUGGCUUUGCUUCUGGGGACUGGGUGCGAAUAAGCAGCAAAGAAGAUUUGAAGCAUUCUCCUAUUGGUAUUUUGCAUAAGAUCGAUCGCAAUGGGAGGGUAGCUGUGGCUUUCACUGGAAUGGAAACACUUUGGGAAGGUGAUCACACUGAGCUUCAAAUGGCAGCAUCCUACUGCAUAGGCCAAUUUAUUAGAAUAAAAUCAAAUAUAUCAAAUCCGAGGUUUGAUUGGCCUAAGAAUAAAGGAGGCAUAUGGGCAACUGGAAGAAUCAUGCAAAUUCUUCCAAAUGGCUGCCUUGUGCUGAGAUUUCCUGGCAGAUUAAGCUUUGGAGAAGCUCCCGACUUCCUCGCGGAUCCUUCGGAGGUCGAAGUGGUCUGUUUUGCGAACUGCGAUGGUGCUGUGAAGAAAUACCAACACCUUGAGGAUUAUCACUGGGCUGUUAGGCCUUUAGUUAUUGCUCUGGGUUUGCUCACUGCACUCAAGCUCGGAAUUUUCGUCGGGCGUAGAGUGAGAAGCAGGCCAGGGAUGAAGAAAGAAGUGAAAGUUUUGCUUGGUGAACCACCAAGGAGACAGCAAGAGAAGAAGAUUCAGGAUGGUCAGAAUGGAAGCAAUUCAGCCUGGUUUCCUUCUUCAGUUGCUAAUAUCCUUUUUGGAGAACCAGUUCCUCCUUCCAGGUAGUUAAAGAUGAAGUGGUAUGGAUUCACAGGCUCAAUUUCAUGUAAGUAGGCCUAACUGGGUUUGGGUAUUCUGCUAUGAAGGAUUUUGUGUAUAUGGAUCAAAAACUUGAAUCUUGAAACAUUUUUAAUAGCUAUGAAACUUGCAUGUUAACCUCA